UUUCUUGCGGUUUUUCGUGUAACUUGAUAGUACAACUACUAGCUCGCUCUGUGUUUGCGUACGCUUCCAUUGCUGGCAAUCGAAAUUGGAAUUUGAGAUAAUACUCAUAGAUACUAUAAAUAUCGACGCUUUCUUCUUGUUGUUCAUUGUAUUUGAGGAGAAGCAUAUAAGCAGCCAUCACUUGCUUUUAAGCACCCUGUAUUUUUGUGUAUCCACAGCUAAUAGCACGCUCGCUCGCUCCGACAAUCGUCGACUUUUUCGAAAAUUACAAAGCAUACAAAUAUUUAAAGGCGCGAUCUUCUACAAAAAAAAAAGACCUAAGAAACCUCAAAAGCGCAGCUCGCACAGUCUCAGCGAAGAAAAGCCAACGAUAAUUCAGUUCCGGCUAAGGUCCUGUCACAGUCACUUAAAAAUCAAGAAAAUUUACUAACAGACAUUAAUCAGCCAGCCACUUCACUUCCGCAGUUUUACACCUCGCUCAAUUAAUUUGCGUCAACGAUCGUUUCUCCAAUCCACCUACCAGUGUACCCGUGAUUUUUUACGCCCAUCGCGUCGCCUGCUCGCCCACUCAACAUCCAACAACUGCUGCUGCUGCUGUUGUAAACGCUACGCUCCUUAAAUCACUCUGUGUGUGUAUGUGUGUGUGUGCCUAACCAUCCACUGAUCACCCUACCUACACUCGUCCGUCGUGUACGUCCUCGCUUGCUUCAUUUUGCUUACGCUUGUAUUGUGUGUGCGAAAUUAUCCUGCUCAGGAUAAUUUGCUAUUUUAUUUUUUUGCUGCGCCAAAGAAAUCUCUACUAAUCAACGUCAUCUGCUACAGUUUGUUAUUUAGUUUCGUUUCGGAACCGGAGCUUUAAAUCAACACACCUGCAAUACACAUUUAACGCACCCGCCUAACCGCAGCAGCAGCCCGGCUUGUGUAGCCAAAGGCAGGCAGUAAAAAAGAAGGCGCAGUUUUUUGCUGUUGCAGCAGUUUUUUGUAUUCAGCAAACUGGAGAAGACGAGGUAUACACCUGUUCAUACAUCACAUCGAAAAAAAAUGACGCAACAACCGGAAUGGGGAAUAAAAUUUUCGAGGUUUUUCCUCGUGCCACAGCGCGUGAUCCUCGCGAUUAUGGGCUUCUUGGCCAUGCUCAACGCAUACACUAUGCGUAUUUGUCUCUCGGUAGCCAUUACCGAGCUGGUGGUGAAGAGGAAUCAUACAGAUGAUAAUGGUGAAGUAGUGGCUGUGUGUAAAGCCGAUGAUUUGGACUCAGGGUCAAGCUCUAGCGGUCAAUAUGAAUGGUCAGAGGAGUUACAGGGUUAUAUUCUCUCGUCUUUUUACAUUGGCUACAUUUUGACGCACAUUCCCGGCGGUCUAUUGGCUGAGAAGUUUGGCGGCAAAUGGACGCUCAGUUUGGGCAUUCUUUCCACAGCCUUCUUCACCGUCAUUACGCCACUUGCUAUUAUUCAUGGCGGCGCUAACUGGCUGAUUAUAGUACGUAUAUUGAUGGGCAUCGGUGAGGGUACUACCUUCCCGGCGUUGAGUGUAUUGCUGGCGCAAUGGGUACCAGUGAAGGAGCGUGGCAAAUUGGGCGCUUUGGUAUUGGGCGGUGGGCAAGUCGGCACAAUUUUGGGUAACUUAGUAUCUGGUUUCCUUUUGGCUGCCUAUGACUGGCCUGUGGUUUUCUACUUCUUCGGUGGCAUGGGCAUUGUAUGGUUCAUAAUAUUUACCUUCCUUUGCUACAGCGAUCCGACGACACAUCCAUUUAUUAAGCCUAGCGAAAAGCAAUAUCUCACCAAACAUAUGGGCACCAUUGGACGUAACAAGAAUCUGGCACCCACACCAUGGAAGGCUAUACUUACUAGCUUGCCAAUGUGGGCGCUGAUAUCGGCACAAAUCGGUCACGAUUGGGGCUUUUACAUUAUGGUUACAGAUUUGCCCAAAUAUAUGGCGGACGUUAUGCAAUUCUCCAUUAAAGCCAAUGGUCUCUACUCUUCACUGCCAUACGCUGUAAUGUGGAUAUUUUCGCUGAGCUCCGGCUGGGUUGGCGAUGUUUUAAUCACACGCAGGAUUAUGAGCAUCACAAAAGUACGCAAAAUGAUGACUGGUUUGGCCGCCUUUGGUCCAGCGAUCUUCAUGGUUGCCGCUUCAUAUGCAGGUUGUGAUCGUGUUGUAGUCGUGACGCUCUUCACCAUUUGCAUGGGUCUUAUGGGUGCUUUCUAUGCUGGCAUGAAACUAACACCACUCGACAUGAGUCCCAACUAUGCGGGUACAUUGAUGGCAAUAACUAAUGGCAUUGGCGCGAUUACAGGCGUGGUUUCGCCAUCCUUAGUCGGUUUGAUGACACCAAAUGUAAGUUGA